AUGGACGACUUCAAAUCCCUCGAGCUCCUCUCUCUGGUUUCCAAGGUUACCUCGGAACUGCAGAACCAUCUGGGGAUCAACGACAAGACCCUCGCCGAAUUCGUCAUCGACCAACAUGAAAAAUGCGGUGCCAAUCUGUCCAGCUUCAAGGAGGCAUUGGCCGCAAUGGGUGCAGAGUUCCCCAACAGUCUGGUGGAGAGUAUCGACAGGUUGAUUUUGACCAUGCACCCCUCAUACAAGAGUGUCAAGAAGUCAACGCAGAAGGAAACUUCGGACAUGGACGAACUCGACGCAAUCGGCAGGAAGGCAAGAGUUUUCAAGGGCUUGUCAGUACCAGACCGUGAACAACUAUGGGAUGAUUACGAAGAUGACAUGGUUGGCCAGAAGGCGAUUGAAGAGACUGGACCUCCAAUACCUGAUGACGAAAAUGAUGAUACAUUCGCGCUUCUGGAGGGUCUUGCCAGCAAGCCUAAGAACGGGACCAGCAGAGCAAGUGGCCGUAGCAGAAAGAGAAGUCGAAGUCCAGAGCGAGACGAAUACUCUAGUGAUAGGAGGCAAAGGCAGGAGUAUUGGUCGCGGAGCCGCAGUCCGCCGGAAGAGAAGCGCUCAAGACGGCAUCGGAACGACGACUACGGCCGCAACUAUGAGGCACGACAGAAUGGCCACAGGAAUCGACACGAUGACAGGAGAAAUGGCCAUAACAAGAGCAGUCGCCGGCAUCAUGAUAAGGAUGAGGAUGAGGAUGAGGAUGGCUUCCGAAAACCUCCUCGAAAGGAAGUGGACGAAGUUCCUGUGCUUUUCAAGGUCUACGAUGCAACAAUCAAUGGUCUUAAGGAUUUUGGUGCCUUUGCGAAUCUUGAUAGUGUCAAGGGAAACCCAAGCGGUUUGAUUCACGUUUCGGCCAUUCAAGAUGGAGCCAGAGUGAACCAUCCUUCUGACCUCCUUUCUCGGGGUCAGCACGUCAAGGUCAAAGUCGUCAAGAUGGAGAAUAACAAGAUCAGUCUUUCAAUGAAGGAGGUUGAUCAAGUAUCGGGUCAAGAUUUAGUACCCUCGAGACGUAUCGCUUCUGGAGCUAAUAUGGAGCGCUUGGAUGGCGUCCCGACGAAUGACCGGUACGGGAACUUAAGCUCAAGUGUGCCCGUCAUAGAAGAUGAUUACAAUGCGAGGUCCAAAAGGAACAAAAAGCGAAUGACAUCUCCAGAAAGAUGGGAGAUCAAACAGCUUAUUGCUUCGGGUGCCAUUUCAGCACAAGACUACCCCGAUAUUGACGAAGAAUACAACGCAACCUUGAAUGGUGAGGGUCAAUUUGAUGAGGAAGAGGAAGACAUAGACAUUGAAGUCCGAGAGGAAGAACCGCCUUUCCUGGCCGGACAAACAAAACAAUCGCUUGAGCUUUCACCUAUUCGAGUUGUGAAGGCCCCAGAGGGCUCCCUCAAUCGGGCUGCCCAGGCAGGAACAAACCUAUCAAAAGAGCGACGAGAUCUAAAGCAACAAGAAGCUGCAGAUAAAGCGGCUGAAGAAGCUUCCAAGGUCGACCUAAAUGCACAGUGGCAGGAUCCUAUGAUCAACCCAGAGCAACGCAAAUUUGCGGCAGAUCUUCGACAAACGCAGCAACAAACGUCUCGUGCUAUCGAAGCUGUACCAGAAUGGAAGCGUGCUACUCAAAACAAAGAGCAAUCGUUCGGCCGAAGGACGAAUAUGACAAUUAAACAGCAGCGAGAAUCCCUGCCUGUGUUCAAAUUCCGGAAACAAUUGUUGGAAGCUGUUGAAAGUAAUCAACUUCUUAUUGUCGUCGGUGACACUGGCUCAGGCAAAACCACGCAGCUCACGCAGUAUCUAGCUGAAGCAGGAUAUGCUAACUAUGGCAUGAUUGGCUGUACUCAGCCUCGCCGUGUUGCUGCAAUGUCAGUGGCCAAGCGUGUGUCUGAAGAGGUCGGAUGUGAACUCGGCAGGGAAGUUGGAUAUACGAUUCGUUUCGAGGAUCGGACUUCGCCUGACACUAAGAUCAAAUAUAUGACUGAUGGUAUGCUUCAGAGAGAAAUCCUCUUGGAUCCGGACUUGAAGCGAUACUCUGUCAUUAUGUUAGACGAAGCCCACGAGAGAACAAUCGCAACUGAUGUUCUGUUCGGAUUGCUGAAGAAAACAUUGAAACGACGUUCUGACCUGAAGCUUAUUGUAACCUCGGCCACAUUGGACGCCGACAAGUUCUCCGAAUAUUUCAAUCAAUGUCCCAUUUUCUCCAUUCCGGGCCGAACGUUCCCUGUGGAGAUUAUGUACUCAAGAGAGCCCGAAGAGGACUAUCUGGAUGCAGCUUUGACUACGGUCAUGCAGAUUCAUCUCACUGAACCACCUGGUGAUAUCUUACUGUUCUUGACCGGAGCUGAGGAAAUUGAUACAAGCUGUGAGGUAUUGUAUGAGAGAAUGAAAGCCCUAGGUCCAUCAGUACCAGAACUUAUUGUUCUUCCCGUCUAUUCUGCUCUGCCUAGCGAAAUGCAGAGCCGAAUUUUUGAUCCGGCUCCACCCGGAUGCAGAAAAGUGGUCAUCGCGACAAAUAUUGCCGAGACAUCUAUCACCAUUGACCAGAUCUACUAUGUUAUUGAUCCUGGUUUUGUCAAGCAGAAUGCUUACGACCCCAAACUUGGUAUGGAUUCACUGGUUGUGACACCUAUUUCGCAAGCGCAAGCGAAGCAGAGAGCUGGUCGAGCUGGUCGGACGGGUCCUGGAAAGUGCUUCCGUCUUUACACCGAAGCUGCAUAUCAAUCUGAAAUGCUUCCAACCAGCAUUCCGGAAAUCCAGCGCCAAAAUCUGGCUUACACUAUACUCAUGCUCAAAGCCAUGGGAAUCAAUGAUCUACUGCACUUUGAUUUUAUGGACCCCCCGCCCACAAAUACUAUGUUAACUGCCCUUGAAGAGUUGUAUGCGCUGUCGGCCCUCGACGACGAAGGUCUUCUUACCAGACUUGGCCGCAAAAUGGCAGAUUUCCCUAUGGAGCCCGCUUUAGCUAAGGUACUCAUUGCCUCUGUGGACAUGGGUUGCUCGGAAGAACUAUUGACCAUUGUGGCUAUGUUAUCUAUCCAAACUGUCUUCUAUCGACCCCGAGAGAAGCAACAACAAGCGGACCAGAAGAAGAGCAAGUUUCACGACCCACACGGCGAUCAUCUCACGCUCCUCAAUGUCUACAAUGCAUGGAAGACAUCGCACUACAGCGACCCCUGGUGCUUUGAAAACUUCAUUCAAAAGCGUCAGAUCGGGCGAGCCAAGGACGUGCGACAGCAAUUAGUCUCCAUCAUGCAGCGUUAUAAGCACCAGAUUGUCUCCUGCGGACGCAACACGAUCAAGGUUCGCCAGGCAUUAUGCUCAGGCUUCUUCAGGAACUCGGCACGCAAAGAUCCCCAAGAAGGCUAUAAGACGCUUAUCGAGGGCACCCCCGUCUAUAUGCACCCCAGCAGCGCUUUGUUUGGCAAACCCGCUGAGCAUGUCAUCUUCCACACACUCGUCAUGACCACUAAGGAAUACAUGCACUGUGCAACGGUCAUUGAACCCAAGUGGCUCGUAGAAGCAGCACCGACAUUCUUCAAGGUCGCACCAACCGACCGCUUGAGCAAGCGCAAGAAAGCCGAGAGGAUCCAGCCUUUGCACAACAAGUUUGCUGGUGAAGACGAUUGGAGACUCAGCUCGCAGAAAAGGCAGGGUAGAGGCGGUGGUGGGGGCACUUGGGGUUGA